AAUUGCGCGUCCCCAAGGUGGCUGGACUCGGGAGCGUCACGCUUUUCUCUUCCGCAACCUGGUUGGGGAAGCACCACUUUUCAAGAGCAGCCAUGGAGAGGCGGAAAACGUGGUGGUAAUUACGACUUGAUCAUUAUCCCUGAAAGAUGUUUAUGUACGGAUUUCCAAAGAAUUUUAAAAUGAAGAAAAACAGAGGCCGAACUUGCCGAAAGAGACUCAGAAAACAAUCUAGAGCUUUUUCUUCAUGUGGUGUAAAUUUAAGUCAUAAAAAUGAAUAUAUACUUCUCAAGACGUGGUUGAAAGAAAAAGGCUACAAGAAUAAUAACUUAAGGCCAGCACUGUUUUCAGAAACAGGAAGGGGAUUAAUGACCACAAAAACACUUCAGGCUGAAGAGUUGAUUAUUUCUUUGCCUGAAAAGUGCUUGCUUACUUCUAACACUGUGCUUAACAGCUACCUCAGAGAUUACAUUUUAAAAUGGAGGCCUCCACUUUCUCCUUUGAUAGCAUUGUGUUCAUUUUUAAUAGCAGAGAAGUGGUCCCACAGGACGUCUGUGUGGAAGCCAUACCUCGAUCUCCUACCUGAAACAUAUACCUGUCCUAUUUAUUUGGAGCAAGAAACAGUGAACCUUUUCCCUGAGCCCUUAAGAAGAAAGGCCCUCGAGCAACGAUCAUUGGUCCAGGAGCUUUUCACUUCUUCAAAGCAAUUCUUCUUUUCCUUGCAGCCUUUAUUUCCUGCAGAUGUGGAGAUUAUUUUUAACUUCAGUGCCUUCAAGUGGGCUUGGUGCACUAUAAAUACAAGAACAGUGUUUAUGAAAAAUUCACAGAAAGCCUGUUUUUCCAGAGAGCCAGAUAUAUAUGCUUUAGCUCCAUUUCUGGAUCUGCUAAAUCACAAUCCAAAUGCCCAGGUGAAAGCUGCAUUUAAUGAAAACACAAAAUGUUAUGAAAUAAAAACACUUCUGGGCUGUCAAAAAUACAAAGAAGUAUAUAUUUCUUAUGGUCCUCAUGAUAACCAGCGACUGCUUCUAGAAUAUGGUUUUGUUGCUGCUUGUAAUCCACACAGCUGUGUUCAUGUUGGUACAGAUACAUUGCUUAAAUAUCUUUAUUCAGAAGACAAACAGAAAUCUAUGAAACUUUCCAUUUUACGAGAGCACAAGUUGUUAGAUGAUCUGACGUUUGGCUGGGAUGGGCCAUCUUGGACACUUCUUACAGCUCUUAAAUUGUUAUGUCUUGAAGCAGAUCAAUUUACUUUGUGGAAAAAAGUAUUGCUUGGAGAUGUUGCUUCAAAGAGGAAUGAAGAAAAGAGUGUGGAUCUUGCAACAAAAAUAUGUAUGUCAUUGAUGGAAGAAACUCAGCAAGUACUUCAGAAGAUUUCAGUCUUAAAAAAUUAUUGUGAACGUCUUGUGAACCAGCUGGCUUUGGUGGAAGCAUUACAUGCAGAAAAUCAAAGAAUCUUGCAGCUUUCGUAUGAGAUUCUUCAGCAGUUACCCUCCACAACCAUUUAAUUUUCCUGAAACAAAAUUGAGCCUCUGCAGCAAUAAAACAAUUUAAUAUUCAGUAUGAACACUCUGUGAAACAGAAACAGAAAAAAACCAACUAAGAACAUACCGUUCUUUAAAAUCCUUUAACUAAGACUGCAUUAAUCAGAAAGAAAAUGUGGCACAGCUGUGGCUGCAGUGCUACCCGUUACUUCACGUAUCUCUGGUUUCCUUGAAUGUAGCAAUUUUAAGACUGCUUCAUGUGCACUCCUUGUACAUUUGAACGUUGUUUGUUUUCUUCUCACCUAGCUCCCAUAUUUUGUAAAUUUUGAAUUUGUUAAAGGCAUCAUUAGGUUCAGAUGUGCAAUUUGUAUUUUGGCCACUGGAGAAAUUCAUUCACAACCGUGCUUAAUGUAACCAUAAAGAACAGCAACCCGCGUUCACUUCCAAUUCUUUAUGAAGCCUAAUAAGUAGCUGUUCAAGUUUUUCUAGAGAAAUUAAUGUCAGUCAGUUUAGUAUAUACAUCUGAGAAGGAUCAAAGAGCAGUGUUUUGUAUACGGCAAAGCUAAAUAGUUUUAUGUGAUUUAGUAUGUGCUUACAACUAUUUUUAAAAGAGGGCAAAGAAUGUUAUCUUUUGGAGUGGUGCUAAUUUUAAAUAAUGUACUAAAGCAAAUUGUAAAAAAUAUGUUGUAUAUAAUAGUUAUAAAAAAGAGAAUAUAUGUCUUCUAUGCUGUUAUGACAGUGGAGACCA